GCUGGGUACCCGGAAGAUGUGGAGGCGCGGAGCUGGGAGGCCAGGGGCAGGCUAGAGCUGGGGGAGGACGGGUCCCGGGACCCGGGCGAGGGUUCCCCACCUGGCCUUCAGUAGGGGUCAAGACGCAGGCAUCUGCAUCAAAGCGGAGCAAAGCCGGGCCUGGCCCGAGGGCCCCAGGACCUCCAUCUCCCAAUGUCCGAGAGUUGUUUGAGGAUAAAGUGAGAUGUUAAGUGUUAAGCACAAUAUCUGACACAUAGCCGUCAGAAUCCGCCACGUGACGGAACGCCGUCUCAGACUAGAGGAGCCCUGCAAGCGCCAUGGCUCCCCAGAGGCUGCCCUGCCUUCCCUCCCUGCUGCUGCCGCUCCUGACACUGCUGCUGGCCCAGGCAGAGGCUCGGUCUUUCGUAGUGGAUCUGUAUAAAGACAGAUUCCUUCUCGACGGGGCCCCGUUCCGCUACGUUUCUGGAAGCAUGCACUAUUUCCGGGUUCCGCGGGUGCUUUGGGCAGACCGGCUUUUCAAGAUGCGAAUGAGCGGCCUCAAUGCCGUACAGUUUUACGUGCCCUGGAACUACCAUGAGCCAGAGCCUGGGGUCUAUAACUUUAAUGGCAGCCGGGACCUCAUUGCGUUUUUGCAUGAGGCAACUCUAGCAAACCUGUUCGUCAUACUGAGACCAGGACCUUACAUCUGUGCGGAGUGGGAGAUGGGAGGUCUCCCAUCCUGGUUGCUUCGAAACCCUAGAAUUAAUCUGAGAACCUCAGAUCCAGACUUCCUUGCUGCAGUGGACUCCUGGUUUGAGGUCUUGCUACCCAAGAUAUAUCCAUGGCUCUACCACAAUGGGGGCAACAUCAUUAGCAUUCAGGUGGAGAACGAAUAUGGUAGCUACAGGGCCUGUGACUUCAUAUACUUGCGGCACCUGGCUGGGCUCUUCCGUGCACUCCUCGGAGACAAGAUCCUGCUCUUUACCACAGAUGGACCUGAAGGACUCAAAUGUGGCUCUCUCCAGGGACUCUUUACCACUGUAGAUUUUGGCCCAGCUGACAACAUAACCAAAAUCUUUGCCCUGCUUCGGAACUAUCAACCCCAUGGGCCACUGGUGAACUCUGAGUACUAUACAGGUUGGCUGGAUUACUGGGGCCAGAAUCACUCCGUACGGUCCAUUCCAGCUGUAACUACGGGACUAGAGCACAUGCUGAAGUUGGGAGCCAGUGUGAACAUGUACAUGUUCCAUGGAGGUACCAACUUUGGAUACUGGAAUGGUGCUGAUGAGAAGGGACGCUUCCUUCCAAUUACUACCAGCUAUGACUAUGAUGCACCCCUAUCUGAAGCAGGAGACCCCACACCUAAGCUUUUUGCUCUUCGAAAUGUCAUCAGCAAGUUCCAGGAAAUUCCUUUGGGACCCUUACCUCCCCCCAGCUUCAAAAUGACGCUUGGACCUUUGACUCUGGAACUGAAUGGGGCUUUGCUGGAUUUCCUAGGCUUUCUGUGCCCCCAAGGGCCCACCCAUUCAUUCUUCCCAAUGACCUUUGAGGCUGUCAAGCAGGACCAUGGCUUUAUGCUGUACCGGACCCAUCUGACCCAUAGCUUUUUGGAGCCAACACUACUUUGGGUGCCAAAGAAUGGAAUCCAUGACCGUGCCUACGUGUUAGUGGAUGGGGUGUUUCAGGGUGUUUUGGAACGAAAUGUGAAACACAAACUAUUUUUGACUGGGAAUGAAGGAUCUACACUGGAUAUCUUGAUGGAGAACAUGGGGAGGCUCAGUUUUGGGUCUAACAGCAGUGACUUCAAGGGCCUGUUAGAGCCACCAAUUCUGGGGCAGAGACUCCUUACCCAGUGGCUGAUGUUUCCUCUGAAUAUCGAUAAGCUUAUAAAGUGGCGGUUUCCCAUCUUGUUGCCGAAAAAGUCAGAACCUCAAGCUCCCACUGGCCCCAUCUUCUACUCUACAACAUUUCCAAUUUUAGGCUCAGUCGGGGACACCUUUCUCUAUCUACCUGGAUGGACCAAGGGCCAAGUCUGGAUCAAUGGGUUUAACUUAGGCCGGUACUGGACAAAGCGGGGGCCACAACAGACCCUCUACGUGCCAAAACCCCUGCUGCUUCCUGAGGGACUCCUCAACAAAAUCACAUUGCUGGAGCUAGAAAAUGUGCCUCUCCAGCCCCAAGUCCAAUUCCUGGACACGCCUUUCCUCAAUAGCACCUUGCAUAAGACAUAUGUCUAUUACCUCUCAACUGAUAUACAAAGUAACUCUGAACCAAUGGAGUUAAGUGGGCACUGAAAGAAAGGUAACCUUUGGACCUGGGUCAUGGAGUGGUCAGGAUCCCUUGAUGUUGGCCAUGGUGACCAUAAGGAACCAAAGGCCAGAAGGCCUGAAUGUAAGUACAAGGGCAGUUUCCUUGCCAAAAUUUAUUGUGAUUAAAGUUCCAAAGACAGUACCAGCUACA